AUGCUGGAGGAUCAGGUUUCGUACCUUUUACAGAGGUACCUUGGCAAUUAUGUCAGAGGUCUCAACAAAGAAGCUCUCAAAAUCAGUGUCUGGAAAGGUGAUGUAGAGCUGAAGAAUAUGCAGCUGAAACCGGAGGCUCUAAAUGCUUUAAAAUUGCCAGUGAAGGUUAAAGCAGGUUUUCUCGGAUCAGUGAAACUUAAGGUUCCGUGGAGUAGGCUUGGCCAAGAUCCUGUUUUAGUAUAUUUGGAUCGCAUUUUCUUAUUAGCUGAACCUGCAACACAAGUUGAGGGAUGUAGUGAAGAUGCAGUCCAAGAAGCUAAGAAGAGCCUAAUACAGGAGACGGAAUUGAAACUGUGGGAGAAGUCACAACAAAUACAGUCAGAAAUGAAUAAGUCAUGGUUGGGAUCCCUCAUCAGCACCAUUAUUGGAAAUUUGAAGCUUUCAAUUUCUAAUAUUCACAUCAGAUACGAAGACAGUGAGAGCAAUCCAGGGCACCCAUUCGCAGCUGGUGUUAGUUUGGACAAACUCUCGGCUGUGACAGUUGAUGAUAGCGGGAAAGAGACUUUUAUUACUGGAGGUGCACUAGAUCGCAUUCAGAAGUGUGUUGAACUUGAUCGGCUUGCCGUUUAUUUAGAUUCAGACAUUAUUCCAUGGCAUGUUGACAAAGCAUGGGAAGAUUUGCUUCCUUCUGAAUGGUUUCAGAUAUUUAAUUUUGGAACUAAAGAUGGGAAACCAGCAGAUACUUUGUCGCGAAAACACUCAUAUAUUCUGCAGCCGGUAACUGGGAAAGCAAAGUACUCAAAGCUGCAUUCGAGUGAAGUUGCUGAUAGCAAACAACCAUUGCAGACGGCUGUUGUGAAUUUGGAUGAUGUUACAAUCAGCUUAUCUAAGGAUGGAUACAGAGAUAUGAUGAAAUUAGCAGACAACUUCGCUACAUUUAAUCAACGUCUAAAGUAUGCUCAUUUCCGUCCACGGGUGCCAGUAAAAGUUGAUUCCAGGUCUUGGUGGAAGUAUGCUUACAGAGCUGUAUCUGAUCAGAUGAAAAAGGCAAGUGGAAAAAUGUCAUGGGAGCAAGUUUUAAGAUACACAAGGUUGCAGAAGAGAUAUAUUUCUCUCUAUGCUUCACUGCUCAAGUCUGACCCCAGUCAGGUUACAAUUAGCGGAAGUAGAGAGAUUGAAGAUCUAGAUCGUGAACUUGAUAUUGAACUUAUACUGCAAUGGAGAAUGUUGGCGCACAAGUUUGUGGAGAAAUCAGCGGAGUCAAAUCUUAAUGCGAGGAAACAGAAAGUGGGGAAAUCUUGGUGGUCAUUUGGAUGGACCGAUAACUCUCCUAAAGAGGAUACAGAGGAAUUCAAUUUCAGUGAAGAGGACUGGAACCAGUUAAAUAAAAUGAUUGGGUAUAAGGAGGGUGAUGAUGGGAAAUCAGAUGUAAAUAGCAAGGCAGAUGUUGUUCAUACUUUCCUAGUAGUUCACAUGAAUCACAAUGCUUCAAAACUUAUUGGGGAUGCAAAAGAGCCUGUUGCAGAAUUAUCAUGUGAGCAUCUUAGUUGCUCAAUAAAGCUUUAUCCGGAAACAAAGGUUUUUGACAUUAAAUUGGGUUCAUAUCAGUUAUUAUCUCCAAAAGGCCUCCUUGCAGAGAGUGCAACUUCCUAUGACUCAUUAGUUGGUGUCUUCAACUAUAAACCCUUUGAUGACAAGGUGGACUGGAGCUUGGUUGCCAAAGCUUCUCCAUGUUACAUGACUUUUGGACAGUAUAUGAAGGAUAGCAUUGAUCAAAUUGUGAAAUUCUUCGAAAGUGAUACUGCUGUAAGUCACACCAUUGCACUAGAAACUGCAGCUGCCGUGCAGAUGAAAAUUGAUGAAGUUAAGCGCACUGCCCAACAACAAAUGAACAAAGCAUUAAAGGAUCAUGCCAGGUUUUCAUUGGACUUGGAUAUUGCAGCUCCCAAGAUUACUAUUCCUACUGAUUUUUGUCCUGACAACGCCCAUGCUACAAAGCUUUUGUUGGAUCUAGGGAAUUUGAUGAUACGAACACAGGAUGACUAUCAAAAAGAAUCAGCCGAGGAUAAUAUGUAUUUGCGAUUUGAUUUGGUUUUAAGUGAUGUCUCUGCAUUUUUGUUUGACGGCGACUAUCAUUGGAGCCAAAUUUCUCUGAAUACAAAAACCCGUUCUACAACUGGUGAUUUCUAUCCCGUUAUUGACAGAUGCGGAGUCAUUCUGCAACUUCAACUGAUUCAGUCAGAGACUCCUCAUUAUCCUUCAAUGCGUCUUGCUGUGAGGCUUCCAACAUUAGCCUUUCAUUUUUCGCCUGCUCGGUAUCAUCGACUGAUGCAUGUAAUAAAGAUCUUUGAGGAGGGGGAUGGUGAGAGCUCAGAGUUUCUUCGUCCUUGGAAUCAAGCUGACCUAGAGGGGUGGUUAUCUCUUCUAACAUGGAAGGGUGUCGGAAUUAGGGAAGCUGUGUGGCAGAGGAGAUACUUCUGCUUAGUUGGGCCUUUUCUUUAUGUACUUGAAGGCCCCGACUCAAGAUCUUACAAGCAGUACACCAGCCUACGAGGGAAACAAGUAUAUCAAGUUCCACCAGAAUUUGUUGGUAAUGUAGAGCAUGUUUUGGUUGUUUGUAGUCCUACACGACCCAAUAAUAAGGUUGUGGAGGAUGCAAAUGCACUGAUUUUACGAUGUGAAUCUGAGGAGUCAAUGAAAACCUGGCAUAGUCGCCUACAAGGCGCUAUCUAUUAUGCAUCGAAUACUGAUCCUAUCUCUGGUCUAUCCGAAUCCUCAUCAGAACAUGAUUAUACUGAAUCAGAACAUAAUCACGGUGUGGUUGAUGUAGCAAUUGCUGAAAGAUUGUUUGUAACAGGUGUUCUUGAUGAAUUAAAGGUUUGCUUCAGUUAUAGUUACCAGUCUGAUCAGAGCUUAAUGAAGGUGCUUUUAAAUGAAGAGAAACGUUUAUUUGAAUUUCGAGCAAUAGGUGGUCAGGUGGAGGUUUCUAUCCGCGAGAGUGACAUUUUCAUUGGUACUAUCUUGAAGUCUCUGGAAAUAGAAGAUUUAGUUUGCUGUAAUAAACAAUCUCAGCCUUGUUUUUUGGCAAGAUCAUUUAUUGGAAAUGCUGACGAGAUUUCAUUAUUAUAUAAUACCACAAGAGAAAAUGUUGAUAGUAGUGGAAUAAUUCCUCUGGAAACUGAUGAUAAGUUUUAUGAGGCACCCGAAACUUUGGCAGAAAGUGCUGAUUAUUCUUCUUUGGAACUCCCAAAGUUCAGUCGCAUUACUGGACUUCUACCUAGUGAUGCUUCUUCUACUAGUACUAAGGAACUUAGUGACACAUUGGAGAGUUUUGUUAAAGCACAAAUUGUCAUCUAUGACCAGAACUCUACUCUGUAUAAUAACACAGAUAAGCAGGUUAUAGUGACUCUUGCUACCCUGACAUUUUUUUGCCGUAGACCAACAAUCCUCGCCAUUAUGGAAUUUAUCAAUUCUAUUAAUAUUGAGGAUAGAAAUCUUGCAACUUCUAGUGAGAGCUCUUCAGCCAUUAUUAAAAAUGAUGUAUCAAGAGAUCUGAAUGAUUUAAGUGCCACUACAGUUGAGGAACAUGCUGUGAAGGGCUUGCUUGGAAAAGGGAAAUCCAGAGUUAUGUUCAAUCUGACAUUAAAAAUGGCUCAGGCCCAAAUCCUUUUGAUGAUGGAAAAUGAAACCAAGCUUGCUUGUCUGUCUCAAGAGAGUUUGCUGACGGACAUCAAGGUCUUUCCUUCCUCCUUUAGCAUUAAAGCAGCCUUGGGGAAUCUGAAAAUAAGUGAUGAUAGCCUACCUAGCAGCCAUUUGUAUUACUGGGCAUGUGACAUGAGAAAUCCCGGGGGAAGAUCUUUUGUGGAGUUGGAGUUCACAUCUUACAGCAAUGAUGAUGAAGACUAUGAUGGUUAUGAUUUUAGUCUUUUUGGAGAGUUUUCUGAAGUGCGCAUUGUUUAUCUGAAUCGAUUUGUGCAAGAGGUUGUUGGCUAUUUUAUGGGUCUUGUUCCAAAUACCCCCAAAAGUGUCAUCAAAGUGACAGAUCAAGUGACAAAUUCAGAGAAAUGGUUUUCAGCUAGUGAAAUUGAAGGAUCGCCUGCUGUGAAGUUUGAUCUCUCUCUCUGGAAGCCAAUAAUAUUAAUGCCACGGAGAACAGAUAGCCUUGAUUUUUUGAGGCUUGACAUUGUUCAUAUAACUGUGAAGAACACCUUUCAGUGGAUUGGUGGAAGUAAAAGUGAAAUCAAUGCAGUGCACUUGGAAACUUUAAUGGUUCAGGUUGAAGACAUCAACUUAAAUGUUGGAACUGGAACAGACUUGGGCGAAAGCAUAAUUCAGGAUGUCAAUGGGCUAUCAGUGAUUAUUCAUAGGUCACUCCGAGACUUAUUGUGUCAGUUUCCAAGUGUGGAAGUCAUAAUCAAGAUUGAAGAGUUGAAAGCGGCAUUAUCAAAUAAAGAGUAUGAGAUUAUUACAGAGUGUUCUAUAUCCAACUUUUCAGAGGUUCCACAUAUUCCUCCACUGCCAAAUCAAUAUUCCUCCAUGGUAUUAAAUAACGCAACUGUAGAUAUUGUCCCCGAGGUUGCAAGUGGUGAUGCUUCACGGACCUCAGUUGUUGAGUCCUCUACUCUUCUGAAAGUUUGUGUGUCCAUAAAUCUGGUUGAGUUGAGCUUAUAUACAGGGGUAACAAGAGAUGCAUCUCUGGCCACCGUACAGGUCAGCAGUGCAUGGCUACUGUACAAAUCCAGUACAGCAGGAAAUGGAUUCCUUUCUGCAACACUACAAGGUUUCAGUGUUUUUGAUGACCGGGAAGGAGUUGAACAAGGAUUUCGGUUAGCAAUAGGAAAGCCUGAGAGCAUUGGAGCCAGUCCUCCAAGUACACUGUCGUAUUAUGAAAAUCAGGAGUCAAUUGAUAGUAGCUCAAGUAAAGGGAAUAAUUUUGAACCAGUUCAAACAAUGCUCAUUGUUGAUAUGAAAUUUGGUCCGGAUUCAACAUUUGUUUCUGUGUGUAUCCAGAGACCUCAGUUACUUGUUGCACUAGAUUUUCUUCUUGCUGUAGUUGAGUUUUUUGUUCCAACAGUCAGCAGUAUGCUAUCAUUUGAAGAACACAAUUCCUCCAUGCUGGAUGCAAUCAUCAUAGAUCAGUCUAUCUACAAGCAACCUUGUGCUGAAUUUUCCCUCUCACCUCAAAAGCCUUUAAUAGUUGAUGAUGAGAAUUUUGAUCAUUUCAUUUAUGAUGGGGAUGGUGGAAUUCUAUAUUUAAAAGAUGGGCGGGGUUUGAAUCUUACAUCAGCUAGCUCAGAGGCUAUAAUCUAUAUUGGAAAUGGGAAAAAAUUGCAAUUUAGAAAUGUUGUUAUUAAGGGUGGACAGCACUUGGAUUCUUGUGUUUUUCUUGGGGCAAAUAGUAGUUAUUCAGCUUUAAAUGAUGACCAUGUCUAUUUGGAACAAUCAGUUGAAAGUCCUCAGGCAAUAUCUCCGAGAGGUAGCGUGCAUGAAGUACCAUCCCAGAAUAAUGCAGCUAAUAGCUCUGCGGAGGUUAUCCUUGAGCUUCAGGCUGUUGGUCCAGAGCUUACAUUUUAUAACACAUCAAAAGAUGUAGGGGAAUCAUCAAACUUGUCUAAUAAACUUCUACUAGCACAGUUGGAUGCAUUUUGCAGGCUUGUUUUGAAGGGUAACAAUACUGAGAUGAGUGCAGAUGUACUUGGUUUGGCUAUGGAGAGUAAUGGAAUCAGGAUUCUGGAGCCAUUUGAUACAUCUUUGAAGUACUCGAAUGCUUCUGGGAAGACCAAUAUACAUUUAUCUGUUUCUGAUAUAUUCAUGAAUUUCACGUUCAGUAUCUUGAGACUAUUUCUAGCAGUGGAAGAUGAUAUUCUAUCAUUUUUGAGGAUGACAUCGAAGAAAAUGACUAUUGUUUGUUCUCACUUUGACAAAGUUGGAGUCAUAGAAAAUCCUUAUAAUGAUCAAAUUUUUGCCAUUUGGAGACCCCACGCUCCUCCUGGUUUUGCUGUACUUGGUGACUACCUGACACCACUAGACAAACCACCUACGAAAGGAGUUCUUGCAGUAAAUACCAAUUCUAUUACAGUUAAGAGACCCAUUAGUUUCAGAUUGGUUUGGCCACCUUUAGUUUCUUCGGGCAAUACAGGUGAAGAAAUGGACAUUUCUGAUUUAUCAGGGGAAACUGAGGCAGAUGGUAGCUGUUAUAUUUGGUUCCCUGAAGCUCCCAAAGGUUAUGUGGCACUAGGCUGUUUAGUUACUCAAGGAAGGACGCCUCCUCCUCUAUCUUCUGCUCUUUGCAUUCCUUCUUCUUCUGUAUCUCCAUGUUCAUUAAGGGAUUGUAUCAUAAUUGGCAUGACUAAUAUAUCCUCAUCCAGUGUGGCAUUUUGGCGAGUGGAUAAUUCUUUUGGCACUUUCUUGCCAGUUGAUCCUACUACACAUAGUUUGAUGAGUAAAGCUUACGAAUUGCGUUGCAUUAAACGUUCAGAGCCUGUUGCAAGCUUUCAGUUAAUAUGGUGGAAUCAGGGAUCAAAUUCAAGAAAGAGGUUAUCCAUAUGGCGUCCAAUUGUCCCAAUGGGAAUGAUAUAUUUUGGAGAUAUAGCUGUUAAAGGGUAUGAGCCUCCUAAUACCUGCCUUGUUCUUCAUGAUUCUAGAGAUGAAAAUAUUUUUAAAACUCCCCUAGAUUUUCUACUUGUUGGACAAAUUAAAAAGCAGAGGGGAAUGGAAAGUAUGUCAUUCUGGCUUCCCCAAGCUCCUCCUGGUUUUGUUUCCUUGGGCUGUGUUGCUUGUAAAGGGAAACCUAAGCAAAAUGAGUUUAGCACAUUAAGAUGCAUGCGCAGUGAUUUGGUUGCUGGAGAUAAGUUUCUUGAAGAAAGUGUGUGGGAUACGUCAGAUGCAAAGCAUAUAAAAGAGCCAUUUAGCAUAUGGACUGUUGGCAAUGAGUUGGGGACUUUUAUUGUCCGUGGUGGUUUCAAAAGACCCCCAAGAAGAUUUGCUUUGAAGCUAGCAGAUUUUAGCAUGCCAAGUGGUUCAGAUGCGACAAUCAUUGAUGCUGGAAUUGGAACCUUCUCAAUUGCUCUUUUUGAUGACUACAGUGGUUUGAUGGUUCCUUUGUUCAAUAUAUCUUUGAGUGGAAUAACAUUUAAUUUGCAUGGGCGAACUGGGUAUCAGAAUUGCACUGUCGGUUUCUCCUUGGCUGCCAGAUCAUACAAUGAUAAGUAUGAAGCCUGGGAGCCCCUGGUUGAGCCUGUAGAUGGCUUCUUAAGGUACCAAUAUGAUCUCAACGCCCCAGCUUAUGCAAGCUGGAACAACCUUAGCAAUGUUCAUGAAGGUUAUCAAAAUCGAGAUGCAUUUUCUCCAAAAUAUGGUGGUAACUCUACAAGUGACGCUAUCCACAAGAGAAAUUAUUAUAUAAUCCCACAAAACAAACUUGGUCAGGAUAUAUUUAUACGUGCUACGGAAGCCAGUGGACUGCAAAAUAUAAUUAUGAUGCCAUCUGGGGAUAUGAAGGCCGUGAAAGUACCUGUGUCCAAAGAUAUGCUAGAAUCUCAUUUGAGGGGUGAACUUUGUAGGAAAGUAAGAACAAUGGUGACGAUCAUCAUAGCAGAAGCACAGUUUCCUCAAGUUGGAGGCUCAGAUUCUCAGCAAUAUGCGGUGGCUGUCCGGCUUUCUCCUAAUCCAAGUCUCCCUAAUGAUGCAUUGGUUCAUCAACAGAGUGCGCGCACAUGUGGAAGAAGGGCAAAUCAAUCGUUUCCUUCUGAUCUCGAGUUAGUCCAGUGGAAUGAAAUAUUUUUCUUCAAAGUUGAUUCACUGGAUUACUAUACUUUGGAAUUGAUUGUGACAGAUAUGAGUGAAGGAGUUCCAAUUGGGUUUUUCUCAGCCUCCUUGAGUGAGAUAGCAAAAACUAUUGAGGAUUCCUCAUAUUCCCAAAAAUUUUCCUAUAAGCUGAACUGGAUAGAUUUGUCUGCUGACGAUUCACUGUCCAUGGAUGCUCAUCAGAAGAAGACUCGCAAAUUACGUUGUGCUAUACUAAUGCAUAGUUCUGAAGCCCAGAAUAGCAACCAACAGUCUAACUAUGAUGUCCAUAAAUCUGGGUUUAUUCAAAUUAGUCCUAGCAAGGAAGGUCCUUGGACUACUGUAAGGCUAAAUUAUGCUGCCCCUGCUGCUUGCUGGAGGUUGGGUAAUGCUGUUGUUGCCAGUGAAGCUAGUGUAAAGGAUGGUAAUAGAUAUGUCAAUAUUCGAUCUCUGGUCUCUGUUCGUAACAGCACAGACUUUGUUCUCGAUUUGCGUCUCACUUCAAAAAUUCCAUCUGAAAAAAUGAAUUUGCUGAAAAAUUCAAGUGAUUCUGAAUCCAGUGUAACAGAGAGCUACAAAAUUCAGACAGAUGAGUUUUAUGAGAUACAAAAGUUAACUGCACACAAUGGUUGGGUUCGUUGGUCAGAUUCUCCUGAGCAGCAUAUCUCAGACAAGGGAAAAUCCCAUCAGGAUUUUCCUGAAAUUGAUCUACCGCCAGGUUGGGAAUGGGUUGAUGAUUGGCAUUUGGAUAGAAAGUCUACGAAUACUUCUGAUGGUUGGAUUUAUGCUCCUGAUAUUGAGAGUUUGAGAUGGCCGGAAUCUUUUGAUCCAAAGAAUUCUUCUAAUUCUGCUAGGCAGGGGAAAUGGCUAAGAAACAGGAAGCUGAUAGCAGACGAUCUUAAGCAUGAAAUAUCGGUUGGGCUACUCCAACCAGGAGAAGCUGCUCCGCUUCCUUUAUCUUGCUUGACACAGUCUAUACAAUAUUUCUUGCAAUUAAGGCCCGGCUCAUCAGAAACACUGUUAGAGUACUCUUGGAGUACUGUAAUGGACAGACCUAGGCUAUCAGAGGAUGUUGGCAUUAGGGAGCAAUGCUCAAAUCUGUGUGUUUCAGCUCUUUCAGAGUCAGAGGAACUAUUGUGCUGCACUGAGAUGCAUGGAACCUCAGGUGGUUCCCACAAGUUCUGGUUCUGUGUAAGCAUACAAGCAACUGAGAUUGCUAAAGACAUGCAUUCUGAUGCUAUUCAGGAUUGGUGUUUGGUGGUCAAAUCCCCGCUAACGAUUAGCAAUUUUCUUCCCCUUGCUGCUGAAUAUUCAGUUCUUGAAAUGCAACCAAGUGGUCAUUUUCUUACAUGUUCAAGAAGUGUAUUUUUAUCUGGAAAAACGGUGCAAAUAUACAGUGCUGAUAUUAGGAAACCUUUGUUCUUAUCCUUGCUUCCACAAAGGGGUUGGCUUCCCGUACAUGAAGCUGCUCUUAUAUCUCAUCCUAAUGGGAAUCCAUCAAAAACAAUUAGUUUGAGAAGUUCAAUAUCUGGAAGGGUUAUCCAAAUUAUUCUCGAACAGAACUAUGACAAGGAGUGCGUUUUCCUGGCGAAAACAAUUAGAGUCUAUGCUCCUUAUUGGUUAGGAGUAGCUAGAUGUCCUCCACUUACAUUUAGGAUUCUUGAAACAUCAGCAAAAAGAAGAAUGCAAAAAAAAAAUGGAUCUGUCCUUGAAGAAAUAACUGAAGAGGAAAUUUAUGAUGGCCACACACUUGUAUCUGCUUUAAACUUUAAUAUGUUGGCCUUAUCAGUAGCCAUUUCUCAAUUAGGAACUGAGCAGUUUGGACCUGUUAAAAGUCUUGCUCCACUUGGUGAUAUGGAUGGUUCUUUGGAUAUAUAUGCAUAUGAUGGUGAUGGAAAUUGCUUGCGGCUGAUUAUUUCUACAAAGCCAUGCUUCUUUCAGUCUGUUCCAACUAAGAUAAUUUCUGUUCGGCCAUUUAUGACUUUCACAAAUAGAGUUGGUCAAGAUAUCUUCAUCAAGUUAAGCACUGAAGAUGAACCGAAGGUUUUGCGUGCUUCUGAUUCAAGGAUGUCCUUUGUCUGUCGUGGAGCUGGUGGACCCGAAAAACUCCAGGUGAGACUAGAAGGUGCCAAUUGGUCAUACCCCUUUCAAAUUUUAAGAGAAGACACAAUUUCUCUUGUUUUGAGGAUGAACGAUGGUACUCUUAGAUUUUUAAGAACUGAAAUCCGUGGAUAUGAAGAAGGAACCCGGUUUGUGGUGGUAUUCCGCCUUGGAUCAACUGAUGGUCCCAUCAGAAUCGAAAACAGAACAACAGACAAGGCACUUAGCAUUCGACAGUCUGGAUUUGGUGAAGAUUCCUGGAUUCCGUUGAAACCUCUCUCAUCUACUAACUUUUCUUGGGAAGAUCCAUACGGCGAUAAGUUUUUAGAUGCUAAACUUAGUGAGGAAGAUAGCAAUGCAAUUUGGAAACUUGAUUUGGAAAAGACUGGAUUGUGCUCAGCUGAAUUUGGAAUGCAAUUACAUGUUUUCGAUGUGGGAGACAUAAUAGUUGCAAAAUUCAGAGAUGAUAAGAUGCUCAGUUCUAGCUCAUUUGAAGAGAUUAGAGACCCAACACCAACUGAAAAAUGGGGAGUUUCUUCUGUUCAUGCUGAGAUGCAAAACAGUGUUACACCGUUUGAGCUCAUAAUUGAGUUAGGAGUAGUUGGAAUUUCUUUGGUGGACCACAGACCAAAGGAGCUCUCCUAUUUAUACUUAGAAAGGGUGUCCUUAACGUAUUCAACUGGCUAUGAUGGUGGAAGGACAAGCAGGUUCAAACUUAUAUUUGGUUAUUUGCAACUCGACAACCAGCUCCCUCUUACCUUAAUGCCUGUGCUCUUGGCACCAGAUCAGACCUCUGAUGUGCAACACCCAGUAUUCAAGAUGACAAUUACCAUGCAGAAUGAGAAUAAAGAUGAAGUUCAAGUUUACCCAUAUGUUUAUAUACGGGUAACAGAAAAGUGCUGGAGACUUGAUAUUCAUGAACCUAUUAUCUGGGCUAUUGCUGAGUUCUACAACAAUUUACAGUUGAACCGCUUGCCUAAAAGUUCAGCAGUCACAGAAGUUGAUCCAGAAAUACGUUUUGACCUAAUUGACGUAUCGGAAGUAAGGUUGAAGUUGUCACUGGAGACUGCUCCAGGACAAAGACCUCACGGGGUCCUAGGCAUAUGGAGUCCUAUACUUUCCGCUGUUGGAAAUGCCUUCAAGAUCCAGGUACAUUUGAGGAGGGUAAUGCACAGAGACAGAUUCAUGCGGAAAAGUUCUAUCGUUCCUGCCAUUGGAAAUCGCGUUUGGAGAGAUUUGAUUCACAACCCUUUGCAUUUAAUAUUUUCAGUUGACGUGCUAGGUAUGACUAGUUCAACCCUGGCUUCUCUUAGCAGAGGAUUUGCUGAGCUCUCCACUGAUGGACAAUUUCUACAACUACGUGCAAAGCAGGUUAGAUCAAGGAGAAUUACUGGGGUUGGGGAUGGGAUCAUGCAAGGAACAGAAGCUCUUGCUCAAGGAUUUGCUUUUGGGGUUUCUGGUGUGGUGAGAAAGCCUGUCGAAAGUGCCCGACAGAAUGGUCUCUUAGGGUUGGCUCAUGGGCUUGGCCGUGCAUUUUUAGGUUUCAUUGUGCAGCCAGUAAGCGGGGCACUGGAUUUUUUCUCAUUGACUGUUGAUGGAAUUGGUGCAAGCUGUUCCAAGUGCCUUGAGGUUUUCAACAGCAGGACUACCUUCCAAAGAAUUAGAAAUCCUCGGGCUAUACAUGCUGAUGGGAUACUCAGAGAGUAUUAUGAGAGAGAAGCUAUUGGUCAGAUGGUGCUUUAUCUAGGAGAGGCAAGUCGGCAAUUUGGCUGUACUGAGAUUUUCAAGGAACCCUCAAAAUUCGCAUUGUCAGAUUAUUAUGAAGAACAUUUUACUGUACCUCAUCAGAGAAUUGUUGUAGUAACCAACAAACGAGUCAUGUUGCUGCAGUGUCUUGCUCCUGAUAAGAUGGAUAAAAAGCCUUGCAAAAUUAUGUGGGAUGUACCUUGGGAUGAGUUGAUGGCAUUGGAGUUAGCAAAAGCAGGCAGUUCUCAACCCUCUCAUUUGAUCCUCCAUCUAAAACAUUUCCGGAGAUCUGAAAAUUUUGUUAGAGUGAUAAAAUGCAGUAGUGUGGAAGAAUUUGAGGGAAGAGAACCCCAAGCUCUAAAGAUUUGUUCAAUAGUGCGUAAAACGUGGAAGGCACAUCAGUCUGACAAGAGAAGCUUGAUUCUGAAAGUUCCUUCAAGUCAGAGACAUGUAUACUUUUCCUGGACUGAAGUGGAUAGUAGAGAACCACGCACCUUAAAUAAGGCCAUUAUUAGUUCAAGAGAAAUAUCAUCAUCUAGCACUGCAUCUGAUGACAGGCGAUUCGUCAGACAUGGAAUUACUUUUAUCAAGAUAUGGAGCAGUGAACGAGAAUACAAAGGCCGAUGUUCGUUAUGCAAAAAACAGACCCCUGAAGAUGGUGGAAUUUGUAGCAUUUGGAGGCCUGUGUGUCCUGAUGGGUAUACUUAUAUUGGGGAUAUUGCUCAUGUUGGCAUCCAUCCUCCAAAUGUUGCUGCUAUCUACCGCAAGAUUGAUGAAUUUUUUGCUCUCCCCGUGGGAUACGACCUGGUGUGGAGAAAUUGCUUUGAAGAUUAUGUCAGUCCGGUGUCAAUUUGGCACCCACGAGCACCAGAUGGAUUUGUGUCUCCUGGAUGUGUUGCCGUUGCUGGUUAUUUGGAACCAGAACCUGAUCUUGUUCAUUGUAUUGCUGAGUCUCUGGUUGAGGAAACACAAUUUGAAGAUCAAAAAGUUUGGUCUGCACCUGACUCAUAUCCAUGGGCCAGUCAUAUCUAUCAAGUACAGAGUGAUGCUCUACAUUUUGUGGCUCUACGACAAACCAAGGAAGAAUCUGACUGGAAGCCCAAAAGGGUCCGUGAUGGCCCUCACUCUCAGUUGCAAUCACCGUAG